AUGGCUUCCAAGAAGACUAAGCCUGCUGCCGCCGGCGACGAUAUCGACGAUCUCUUCGAGGGCAUCGGCGACAACGCUGCUGCCCCCAAGAAGUCGCUCGAGAAGAAGCCCAAGCCCACCACCGCCGCCUCCAAGGCCAUGGCCGACCAAGACAUCCUGGCCGAGCUCGAGAAGGAUCUCGAGCAGCCUUCGCGACCUCACACGCCCCGUCUCAAGGAACCCGCCGCCAAGGGCCUCCCCAAGCGCUCUGUCACGCCCACAACCGACGACAAGUCGGCUGCACCCCGCAAGUCCACCGACAGCGCACGAUCCCUCCGCGCGAGCUUCACUCCGAGCGCCACCAGCUCCGAUCUCCAAGAACCCGAUAAGAAGCCCGCCGAGCAGUCUGCCGCGACUCCCUCGUCCACCACCGCUGCGUCCGACGCCGUUCCUGCCUCCGCUGCCGCUGCCGCUGCCGCUGUUUCUGGCGGUGGCUGGUGGGGUGGCAUCUUCAACACGGCCACCGCUGCCAUGAAGCAGGCAGAGGCCGCCGUCAAGGAGAUCCAGAAGAACGAGGAGGCCAAGAAGUGGGCCGAGCAGGUGCGAGGAAACGUCGGCGGCCUCAGGGCUCUCGGAGACAACCUUCGCCAGCAAGCGCUCCCUACCUUCACGAACAUCCUCCACACCAUCGCUCCCCCCAUCAGCUCCCACGAACGGCUGCUCAUCCACAUCACCCACGACAUGGUCGGAUACCCCUCGCUCGACCCCUUGAUCUACGGCACCUUCUCGCGCGUCAUGUCCCAGGUCGAGGGUGGCGAGUUGAUGGUCAUUCAACGCGGCCAGGAAAACACCAGCCGGCGUUACUCUAACGACAGUGGCGCGGGCUGGAGAGAUGGUCCUUGGUGGCGGCAGUCGGACUCUCCCAGAGAUCUUGGUCUGAUCAAGGGCCUGACCGAGGGCACAAAGCUCUGUCGUGCCGGCGCCGAGGGCUACGCCAACGAGUACUUUGGUGCCCACGGAGGCAUCGAGCAGGCCAGGGUACGGGCCACGGAGCCGUUGAGCGAGGACAACCCGGUGCGCAGCUCCGACCUGUUCCUCGCCAUCCAGGCUGUGGGUAUCACGUCCGACUCGGCCCUGUUCGCCCGCACUGCUGCUGUCGAGAAGGAGAAAGAGACCUCGGCCGUCGCCGAGCAGGAUGAGGCGGACGACAUGGUCUGCUUUGCCGUCUUCUGCCUGGACCCGGUUCACGAGAUCGAGUACUCGACCAUCAGCCAGUCCAUCCCGGCCAAGUGGAUUCGCUGGCUCGACGCCUCCAACCCGUUGACGCCCGUCAGCGGCGAUGACGGCCAGGAGCCGUCUCUGCAGCAGUCGAUCCCCGACGAGAUCCGCGAGAUUGUCGAGAGCGGCGGCGUCGACCCCCGCGAGUGGGUUGCCGAGUGGAUCGAGGAGCUGCUGGGCCUCGCCGUGGGCGUCGUUGCGCAGAGAUACGUCGCCAGGAGGAUGGGCGUCGGCGAAGGCGGCAUCGGUAAGGGCAAGAGAAGGAUGGAGGAGCUUAUGCAGGACGGCGGUGGCGAGGCGGCUCGGGCCGGCCUGAUCUGA